AUGAAAAAGAAACUUAUUCGCCAAUAUAUUAGUUUUAUUCUUUAUUGUCAUAGAAAAACAGUCAAUCGAACGUUAUCAGAAACAAAUAAAUGCAAGAAAGUCGAUGAACAAGGCAUGGCGCUUCGAUUUCAUCGUAAACGAGAACGCCGAAAUGCUCUCUCGGAUUUAUCAGCAACAAGUACAAAUUCAAGCACAGCCUAUCAUCAACAUCAUAACCAACUAGUUGACCGUAUUCGACAACUUGAAGAAGAAGUCGUAGUACCUGAUUUUAAUCGUCCUCAACGAUCACCGGUCUAUUCACCGUUUACACCAGUGACGCCAUGUUCAAAUAGUAGUUCGUAUGGUUUGUCCACGUAUCCAUCCUCGAUGAAUUUUCCAAUGAAUUUGAUUUCACCAAAUGGACCUGUGCCAACGCAAUCAAAUGGACUAUCGACGAAGAUUCUUGAACGUGCCCAUGAAAUUCCCGAACGAUUUUGGAUUAAUUGGCAAGAAAAACAAAUGCAAAAUCGAAUAGAACAACUCGAAUCUAUCAAAGAUAAAUUAACUAUUUCGAAUGAACCCCAAAAAAAACGAGUAAAUCAAUUACGUCGACAAUGUCAUGUUACUCCUCCUCAAACGGCAUCCUUCACUAGAAUGUCUUCGGCAACUACGGAUAGUGAAGCAUCUUCACCUGUUACAAACAAUCGUAGUUUAUUUAGUUUUGACCAACGAUCCAUCAAUAAAGUCAAUGAAAACAAUCGAAAUCGUCUAAAGACGUCGCUACCGAUGAAACAAAAUUCGCAAUCAACACUUGAUCGUUCUCGUUUAACUAUAUUUCUACCACACUCCUACACACAUUUACCUGAGAAAACAACGAUUGCUAAUAAAAAUGCUCGAUCUAUAACUAAAUCAUCAGCAGAAAAAACAAACGAUAUUAAACAAAAUAGCAUACAAAGAAUUCCAUCUACAAAUAGCGUUGAAGAUAUAGCGCAAAUCGAUACUGAAUUUAAUCUUACAUUACUUGUACGAGAAAAUCGAGAUCAGACAAAUCCAUUACUAUAUUCGAAAAUGAUUCUCAAUCGUACGGUUGAAUUUCAAUCAUUAUCAUCGAAAAAGAAUCCAUCCAAAUAA